GAACUAGGAAAUUGACGAGGAGUGUAAAUUUUUUUUCUGUUGUGUUAAAGGAUAUGCAAAAUUAAAUACAGACUCAUAAUAGCUAAUAUUUUGACUUAUAUGUGCAAUAUAAUUUUCCGAUGAAUAGUGUGCACCUGAUCACCCUCCGAUAUAGGUGGCUCCGCCCAUGCUCUUGUGUCUCUUGCUAGCACAUCCCAAUUCGGAAGUGGAGACGAGACAAUCAGUUUGAAAUGUAACUUGUGAAAUUUGUUUUUCUGUUUUGGACUACGUUCGUUCGGUCUUAUUCAAAACGUCUUAUAUAGUUACAUUAUUAAAGGAUCUUACACCUUAUAUGUAGUUUUUAAAUUUUUUUCAUCUGUCAAUGUAAAAUUUUUAUUCACACGCCCAACAAAACAUUAUAGGGAUUUUUUUUUCCCACUAUACUAAACCUACCCUAAUUAAGUUCUCUUUCUUUUUCACACAAUUGAAUACAUUCCAUUUUAUCAUGGUUAAGGAUAGCAUAUGAAGAAUAAAUAGAGGAAAAAAAAAAAUAAAAAAAAACAUGCCACGUGUCAUCUCGUCAUCCAUUCAACCCAAAAUCUUGUCUAAAUUCUCAAUUGGUUGUCUCAAUACCAAUUGGCAAUAUCAUACACCACAUAUGUCAUUUUUAAACCCAAACUAUAUCCAUAUGUACUCCUCCUACUUCCAUAACAUAAUACACAACUCCAAAACACACACACACACACACAUCUUUCACCUUGAAACAAUUCAACCAUGGGUUGUGCCUCAUCUAAAAGAAUAGAGGCCGCCGUCGACGUCUACCGUCCACCGCCGACUAGUUUUGCAGUCUUCGAUAUCAACUCCAUUGAAGAACCAUGGCUAAAAGGGGGUAAUAAUAACAAGAUGGAAGAAGGUGAGUUGGAUCAAGACGAGCCAGAGGAAAAUGAGAAGCCAACAAAAGUAGCACAACCAAUUCUUGAAAAACUCAACUCAUCUAUUGAUGAUGCUCCUAAAUCUUGGGAUGAAGUUAGCAAAGCCUUAGAAGAUUUAAAACCUACUUUACAAAAUCCACCACCUCAAAAAUCACCUAAAAAAACCCUCCUUGCCCUACCGGCGCUGCCUCCUCCUCCCUCCGUGGAGGAGGAAGAAGGCGGCGCCUCCCCAAAAAGGAAAAUUCCAAGAAAGAGUUUUUCCUUUCAUACCCUUGAAGAACUUGAAUACAAAUUGUCAUCUAAAGAUUCAAAAAAACCAAAUGAAGUCAAGAAAAAAGAGUCCAUGAUGCAGUUUACUGAUGAGGAAAAUAAAAGAUUUCAAAAGUUUAGUAAUAAAACAGUGAAAAAAAAUGAGUCACAAAUUGUGGUUCAUAAUGGGGAUGUGGCACAAUCUCAACAAGGGUACAAGCCAGUGAAAGAGAAUAUAUUUUUGUUGAGGGACAAAAUGGAGAGGGAAAAAGAAGGGAAAGUUCCAAUGUUUAUUAAGUUUAAUCCUUUACAUGACUACCCCGAAAAGUGUCCGCCACGUGGCGAUGACUCAUUGGUUGUCUACACGACGUCGCUAGGUGGCGUGCGUCGCACGUUCGAGGAUUGUAACAAAGUGAGGUUAAUUUUGGAAUCUCAUAGGGUGGUUUUCGACGAGCGUGAUGUGUCGCUGCAUGGCGAGUUUCGUCAGGAGCUGAAGGAGUUGCUCGGAGAGGGAGAGGACGCGAGUGUCCCAAGGUUGUUCGUGAAGGGGAGGUACAUUGGUGGUGUGGAGGAAGUGGUGAAUCUGAACGAGACAAAGCGACUCGGGAGGAUAUUGAAUUAUGCCAGAGUGGAGAGGGGUCCAGGGAGGUUAGGGUGUGAGGGUUGUGGGGGUGCUAGGUUUGUGCCAUGUUUUGAUUGUGGAGGGAGUUGCAAAGUGGUGAAUGGAGAUGCUAAGGAGAGAUGUCCUCAAUGUAAUGAGAAUGGUUUGAUUCAUUGCCCUAUUUGCGAUUGAAUAAUUGUAUACUUAAAAAGAUUUUAAAUCAGUAAUGAUACGUUGCUACUUUGUUAAGUCGUGUAGGUGCUUGAUUUCUUAACAUGCAUGUAUGCAAUACGUUUUUGUAAUUGAGUUGUGUAUUACUUCUUUUUUCUUGGUUUGGGAAUUUAGUGAUAAAAAUGUAAAGUUUUCAAUUGAAUGAUUUGUGGUUUCUAUUA